AUGAGUGCAAGAGGAUUCUGGUCAUCUGCAAUAGUAAAAUUUAUGAAAGAAGACAAGCUAAAAAUCUAUUAUUGGAGAGUAACAUCACCCACAUGCAAUUUUACUGAACUUAAGGAAAGAGAUAAAUAUACACAAGAAGAAAAAGACCAAGUUAUAAAUUUUGAAUGGAUUGCAGGAGAAUAUAGAGUUAAAAUAGUGGAUACAGUUUCAAAAAUGUCAAGAGAUUUUGAAAAAUAUAGGCAAUUAUAUAAAAGACAAAGGCCACAACUAUAUAAAUCUCCAAUGGAAGGAAUUAACAUGGGCACAAGUUAUUCAGAUGCUGAAUUAGUGGAAACUCAUUGUACUUAUGAAAUAUUAAAUGAUGAAGAAGCAGGAGAAAUAAAAAUCAGUGAUAAUGAAAAUGAAGAAAUGAAUGAAAAAAAAAAAUCAAAGGCACAAACAACCAAUAAUAAAAAAGAGGAAAAAGAAAUGGAGAAAACAAUAAAUUAUAUCUAUGAAAUAGUUAAAACUCUUAAAAAUUAUGUAUUAAAUAUAGAUCAAAAUAAUAAUAGUGUCAUAAUAGAUAAGAAUAUAAAUCAGAAUGAUUUAAAAACUUUAAAUAUAAGAGGAAUAACAAACAUUACAAAACAAAUAGUUUGGUUGAAAUUCUGUAAAGAUAAAGAUUUAGAUAUAAUUGGACUAACAGAAACCUGGGCAAUUGAUGAAAAUUGUAAAUAUAUAUUCAAAAAUGAUACAAUAAAAGAAAUACAAAAGAAAGACAAAAAUGCCAAUGAAUAUAAAUAUUUUUGGGCAAAUGGACAACAAACAAAUUCAGGAUGCAAACCAAAAGAAGCUAAAACUCAUGUAACAAAAUGGAUAAUACAAGAUUUAAACAAUUAUAUAGUUAAGGACAGACAUUAUGCAAUAGUGAUGGGAGAUUUUAAUGCCACAUUUAAUCCUAAAAUUUAUAGGUUUAAAAUUAACAUUAAUGCAAGAAAUAGAUCAGAUAAACCUGAAAGUCAAAUAUUGAGAUUUUUGAAUAAUAACAGGUUUAAAGAUACUUUUAAAACAUAUAAAGAUAUCACAGAAAAUGAAAUUAUGCAGAACAAAACAACACUAAAUUUUUCUUGGAGAAACUAUAUCCAAGAAGUUAAAAGCAGAAUAGAUCAAAUAUGGGUAUCAGAUAACUUAGCAGAUCAACUCUUUUGUGCAGAUAUUAUACCCUCAGAUUUGGAAGGUCACAGUGACCAUGCAUGUUCAAUAGCAGAAAUGGAAGACAAUAUUCUUAAAUAUACUAAAUCCAUAACAAAUUUAGAUAAAAUUCUAAAUAAGAUGUAA